GUGACUCCGGCGACGGAGAUAGCCAUUCUUAACGAGGGGACUCGCCCUCAUAAUGCAAGCACGCCCACCCAUACCACCCCGAAGAGUCGUAUCGAUUUAACGCCAUCUCUCCAACGAGAAUGUCAACAAUCAAGAAACCAACAGCCCUCGUAACAGGCUGUACGCCCGGCGGUCUAGGCUUUGAGCUCGUCAAAGCUUUCGAAGCGCGCGGCUUCCACGUCUUCGCCACAGCCCGGAGCCCCGACAAAAUCCUCGCGUCGUCGUCGACAAUCGACACCAAUAUCGAGACCUUUCCUCUCGACGUCGUAUCAAGCGAGUCCAUCGCGAACUGCCUCUCCCACGUGCAGAAGAGGACCGGCGGUAGACUAGAUGUCUUAGUCAACAAUGCGGGCACGUUCAUGAUGGGGCCUCUGGUCCACGCUUCCAUGGAUGAGGCUCGGAAGGUCUACGAUGUGAACGUAUUCGGCAUGCUAGCCGUAUCGCAGGCUUUCACACCAUUGCUAGCGCGGGCCCAGGGGGUCAUUCUUAAUAUUUCGUCUUUAGCUGGCGCGGUGACUAUGGCUUGGCAAGGGAUGUACAAUAGCUCCAAAGCAGCUAUGACGUGCAUUUCCGAGACGCUGCGUCUUGAGUUGGCGCCGGUCGGCGUUCGCGUCGUUACGGCUAUGGUCGGCGAGAUGGCGACGCAGAUAUACAGCCAUGGUGGCGGCGGUGGUGGAGCUGACUACUCUCCUUCCUUGCCCGAAGGAUCGUGGUACAAACCGGUCGAGGAUAUUCUUCGGACGCAGGGUCAGGGCCAAUUCCAGGUGAAUAAUGAGGAUCCUCGCGUGACGGCACGGAAUCUCGUCACCGAUACACUAGGUGGGAAACGGGGUAAGAUAUGGCGUGGAGGAAAUGCCGGCUUCGCUAGCGUAGCGAGUUGGCUAUUACCAGGAAGAGUAUUUGAGAGGAUGUUGCAUAAUGAUCGAGGUAUCUAUAAUGAAAACAUAAAAAAGGAGGCGGCGCAGAACUUACGAUCGGUACGAUGAGUCGACGGCAUUGUAGUUGAUUGAUGGUUGAUAGCAAUAUGAAUGUACGGACCUAGAGACUAUUUAUGAAUAAAGAAGUACGUGGAAAUGUGUUUAUUUAUAUGCUCAUGGCUCUGUGGCGCA